ACUGCUUCUUUAUUUGCUAAAGCCUUCCUGAUGUCCAAGUGCAGCAUUAAUUCAGAAUCCAUGGUUGACAGUCUUGCCCAAAAAAUGCUCUGACUAGGAGACCUCUGUUUCUCCAGUGUACUGUAUAUACCAGUCUGUCUGUAACCAUUUGUUCCAUUAUUUUACAUAAUACAGCUGUCAGUGCAACAGGACGGUGAAAUGUAGGGUCAUUUUCUUAUUUACCAGGUUUCUCUAUGGGGACAACAAUUGAGUGCUCCAUUCUUUUGGUAGCUGACCAUCUUUCUAUACUGUGUUGAAAAGUGUAAGAAUUUCACCCAAUACCAAGUCUGGGUGGAAAAUACGUGGUACCCCAACCCAUCCCUUCCAGCUGCAGUUCUGCCUCUCUGAAUGGCUUGGUGAGUGUGUGCAUGUGCUACCUGCUGAGGUGUGUUGGCUGCUGUCUACCUCAUGUCUCAUAAAUUAACAUCGUGGGAAUAAAAUGUUCAUGUGUAGACAAAUCAAGUCAGGGUUGGGGGAACAGGUGAGCUACAGGUAAACUACUGAUGUACAACAGAAGGGUAAACACCAUGUUACCAAGGUAAUGGUGAUGAGCAGUGAUUCAGGAGCACUGAUAGUACUGCCAGGUUUGCUUGACUAUCUAACUCAGGUAGUACUAGUUGUUUUGGUUUGAUCAUAGUGUAUCUAUUGUUAUUAUAAAUAAGUAUUAUUUGGAGUAUUACUCACGCUCAAAUACACAGACACACAGACACACACAGACACACACUGCUGAUAUGGACAGCUUGUCAGGUUAAUUAGUCCUGACAAGCUGCUCAGCUUAAUCCUCCUUCCUCCGUCACACCAACCAAUCAGAAAUGCUGAUGUCAUCUUUACCCCUCCCCCACGUUGCAUGUGUGUAUGUGAGUGGACAUGUGUGUGUCUGUGAGUGUGUUCAUUGUCUUUGUGUCAGCUCGGUUGCCCUGGUAGCAGCACUGUGAGGACGGCGCUCGUAUGAAGCGUCGCUGCGUUCCUCUGAGAGCCGACCACAACCUGCUGACCCCCGACUCACACACACAGUCAGGGGUCGGGUUGCCUCCUGCCAUCCAGGUAAAGUUUGGGGCACUGGCUUCUUCACCAGAACAUCUGAGUGACUCCUCAAGCAGUGAAUCAGCUGUUAGAAGAAGUCAGAGAAGACACCCCCCUCUGACAUCUCUGCCCCGUCGUCUGAGAUUCGAGGAUGAGACGGAGAUGGAAGCAGAGUCUCGUUACCUGGAACGACAGUGUCAGAGGAGAGGGUCUGCGCAGCGAGGGACAGGUGUCCUGGUCUCUAAACCUGACCUGAACCUCUAUUUGAAUGGCACUACAAUGACAGGGCCUCUGAGGGCGAGGCCUGUUGGGGAAGGACAUCAAAAAGGACAGUUGUCAGGGGGACAGGUGGGUCAGUAUGACUCUUGUUGGACAGUUUUAGGAGGCGGAGUCAACCUGAACCUUUCUCUUCACCCAUCUGUUCCCGAAGAGCAGGGGGGGAGACUUUACAGGCCCCGCCUCAAGCUGAGGACUGAGCCAAUCAGAGAGACCUAUAUCGGCUCUGUCACAUGUAGUGAGCCUUGUCAGGGAGGGGACAAGGUAGGACAUCUAACCAAAAACCAGGUGAGAAGGAGGACCAAUCUGGCAGAAGUUAAUGGAAACCAGGUUAGCAUUUCUCAGGCCACACCCACCACAGGUCUGCCAAUAAAUCCGUACGCCCCAAACCAGCUAACCACGCCCUCUCAGCCUUCAGAUUGCCCCUUACCUACUUUUGCCUGCAACCGCACUUCAUCUCCUCCACAUGUGACAUCAGUGAUGGUGACACAGAGCAUUAAGCUCAGCAACACAAAAGUAAGGAAGAACCAACAUCUGGACAUGAACCUAAACCAGAACCAGGAAAGAAACAAGAACCAGAAAAAGAACCAGAGCCAGGAGGUGCAGGGUAAAUUGUCGGAGCCCCACAGGGAGCUCUGUUUGGGGACUGAGCUGAAAGGAAGGAGCAGGUGUAAGGAGGUCAAAACAAAGAGCUCCUCCCCCUUCUCAUUAGCAAGAAAAAGCUCAGCUGAAAGCCAUGCUCCGCCCACGUCAGAAAGCAGCAGCAGUAGACAGUUCAGACAGCCAAUGAGAUCGGAGUACCAGGUUGAUGACACCUCACUUCCUGAGCACUCAAUGACCAGAGACGAACCUGCCCGACUGUCCCUGCGUAAACUUUUUGCCAACGUCAAAUUGAACAGGACUCGGGCUUCUAGUCUUGAUCGUCUCAGCUCAAGAUCCUGCCCCUCGCCACCCUUCCGAUCCCACCCUGAACCAGCCCCCUCCAGCUCUGGGAUGUCCUCCAGUUUGCUGAAGAAGUCCCCGUCUGUUCAGUCCCUCAGUGUGGGGGCGCCCUUCUUGCCAUUGAGAAAGUCAUCAUCUGUUCAAAGUCUGAGGUCAGAGCUAAAGAAAAAGAAGGAUCGAUCGGCUGACUACAGACCAGCUGCUGACCAGUGUAUGCAGAGGUGUUUCAGUAUUGAGGAUGUCGGUUUUCCUUCUUCUGUCCGUUCUGUUGGUCGGGUUCUUCAGGCGUGUUCUGACGGAACGAUUUUGAUUGAAAUCAGUCGACCUAAGGACCGAAUGUUUGGAUUCAUCAUCAGCAGAGGGAAAGGACGACCUGACUCUGGUGUCUACGUAGAGGACAUGGUGGACUGUAGCACUCUGAAGUUGUACUCUGGUCUGCUUGGAGUUGGAGACGAGAUCCUGGAGGUGAACGGGGAGAAGGUCGCUUGUCUCACUCUUGAUCAAGUGACAAACCUGCUGAUCCAAAAAACAACCACCACCAUCCGUGUUCUUAGACAGCAUUAAGUACCGCCAUAGUGAUAGGAGCAGACUGACUACCUCCAAUUAGUGACUGUACAUACAACUACUUCAACUACACUGUUUUAAGUUAAACUGUACCUACACUGACUGUAAUAGGACUGUACCUACAGAGACUGUAAUAGGACUGUACCUACAGUGACUGUAAUAAAACCGUAUCUACAGUGGCUGUAAUAGGACUGUACUUAAAGUUACUGUAAUAGAACUGUACCUACAGUGACUGUAAUGGGACUGUACCUACAGUGACUGUAAUGGGACUGUACCUACAGUGACUAUAAUAGGACUGUACCAACAGUGACUGUUAUAGGACUUUACCUACAGUGACUGUAAUGGAACUGUACCUACAGUGACUGUUAUAGGACUGUACUUAAAUUUACUGUAAUAGAACUGUAUCUACAGUGACUGUAAUAGGACUGUACCUACAGAGACUGUAAUAGGACUGUACCUACAGUGACUGUAAUAAAACCGUAUCUACAGUGACUGUAAUGGGACUGUACCUACAAUGACUAUAAUGGGACUGUAACUACAGUGACUGUAAUAGAACUGUACCUACAGUGACUGUAAUAGGACUGUACCUACAGUGACUUUAAUAGGACUGUACCUACAGUGACUGUAAUGCGACCGUACUUAAAGUGACUGUAAUAGAACUGUACCUACAGUGACUGUAAUAGGACUGUACCUACAGUGACUGUAAUGGGACUGUACCUACAGUGACUGUAAUCGGACUGUACAUACAGUGACUGUAAUAGGACUGUACCUACAGUGACUGUAAUAGGACUGUACCUACAGUGACUGUAAUAGGACUGUACCUACAGUGACUGUAAUAGGACUGUACCUACAGUGACUGUAAUAGAACUGUAUCUACAUUGACUGUAAUGGGACUGUAUGUAAAGUGACUGUAAUAAGACUGUACCUACAAUGACUGUAAUAGGACUGUUCCCCCAGUGACUGUAAUAGAACUGUACCUACAGUGACUGUAAUAGGACUGUUCCCCCAGUGACUGUAAUAGGACUGUACCUACAGUGACUGUAAUAGGACUGUACCUACAGUGACUGUAAUGGGACUGUACCUACAGUGACUGUAAUGGGACUGUACCUACAGUGACUGUAAUAGGACUGUUCCCCCAGUGACUGUAAUAGGACUGUACCUACAGUGACUGUAAUAGGACUGUACCUACAGUGACUGUAAUGGGACUGUACCUACAGUGACUGUAAUGGGACUGUACCUACAGUGACUGUAAUAGGACUGUACAUACAGUGACUGUAAUGGGACUGUACCUACAAUGACUGUAAUAGGACUGUACCUACAGUGACUGUAAUGGGACUGUACCUACAGUGACUGUAAUGGGACUGUACCUACAGUGACUGUAAUAGGACUGUACCUACAGUGACUGUAAUGGGACUGUACCUACAGUGACUGUAAUGGGACUGUACCUACAGUGACUAAUAGGACUGUACCUACAAUGACUGUAAGAGGACUGUACCUACAAUGACUGUAAUAGGACUGUACCUACAAUGACUGUAAUAGGACUGUACCUACAAUGACUGUAAUAGGACUGUACCUACAAUGACUGUAAUAGGACUGUUCCCACAGUGACUGUAAUAGAACUUUACCCACGGUGACUGGUAUAAAACUCUACCUACAGUGACCAUAAUGGGACUGUACUUACAGUGACAGUAAUAGGACUGACUUUGUUGACAAGUCAAACUACCUGAUGAAGAAGCAUUUGAGGAUACCUGACUGCCUGAUGAGAACUUUUUAUGCAGUAUAUUUUUUAUUAUUUAUCGCAUACAUUAUUACCUUUUGCAGUACUGUUUUUGCAGAAAGUAUUUUAAUGCUUAUUCAUAUUUUGUGAAACCAAAGUUGAUGUUUCAUGUUAAA